AUGCUUCCUUUCCUCUUUUCUCUUCUUUACCGCAUCCACCUCUCGACAGGAAACUCUCCAUUUUUUAUCCACCCCAUCAUAUCCACUAUUCUUACCUCGUUCUACCAUCCGGCAGUCCUCGCGGCUGUUCCGGCCUGCCUCGGCACUGUCUAUCACCAUGUUAUACUUGGCAAUGUCAAGGAAUUUACAUGCGCGGACAUCAUUGUCCGCGUUACCUCGAGAUAUGCCAUAGCAUGGGCCGGCGUCUUGUACAAGAUCUGGUACGAUGGACAUACCGAGCCAAGCGACCCAAGAUACCUAGAUCGAGAUGAGCUCCCCCGGUUUGAAAUCCGGAAGCGGGUGUAA